GGAUAAACCAUAUAGAGAAGUGUUUACUUUUCCCUGAUUUUCGUUGGGAUUCGGCGUAAUAGCAAGAGCCGAGGAAGCCGGAACUGGCCCCACGCUGAGUCAGUCAAUAGAAAUAUCUCUAGAGGUCCAUCUGAGUGGAAUACACUUUUCUCAAGACUUAUUCUUUCCCCGAGAGAAAAGAGAAUCGGAAUCUAAACCUAACCCACGAAAUAUGUCAACCUGUGCGAAGAAGCCUGUUUUUACGGCUCAGGCACCUGUGCCAAAACCGUCCUUGUCCCAGGCUAUGGUUAUCAACGGCUUCGUGUACACUUCAGGCGCCGUCGGAAUGGACCCCUCCACGGAAGAAUUAGUGACGGGCACUACGGCUGACCGAACAAUUCAAUGUCUAAAAAAUAUUUCGAACAUCCUUGACGCCGCCGGAAGCUCCCUCGAGAAAACUGUCAAGGUCAAUAUCUUCAUUGAUGACAUGGCAAACUAUGCUGCUAUGAACGAAGGUUAUCUUCAGAUGUUCACCCAGGGAACAAUGCCAGUCCGCACGUGUGUUGCUGUAAAGCAACUGCCUCUAGGCACGGAUGUUGAUAUUGAAGUAAUAGCGCAUCUGUAGUUCCGAGAUGUUGGAUGCAUCUAAAGGUUCCAUAAUUCGGUGACCAGCCUUGAAGGUUCUAUAGGAAUUUAGUGAGGU